UGACAGUAUGGCAUCGGCUCCUUCCCCAUCCCCUCACAACCGGAGCAGGAAUGAGGAUGAGGAUGAUCCAGUGGAUGGGAUGAUCUCCAGGACAGGCUGUGCUGAGCUGCACUUCGCUCUGCAGGACUGUAUGGCUGAGCAUCAGGACUGGAGGAAGUGUCAGACUGAGGUUCAGAAGUUUAAGGAGUGCAUGACCACCUACCAGAACACUCGAAAAGAGCAGCUCCUGAAGCAAAGGACGUCAGCUACACAAUCUGCCUGAUGCAACGGCCUCUGAGACAGUUACACAAUAAAAUAUCCAUCUCGUUUUCUUAACAAAA